AUGUCUGUAGAUUACACAGCAUUAAAGACUAGAUCUAGAGCCCUAUUCUCCGCCGCGAUGCCGCCACUGGUUCAACAUUACGAUACCCAGUACGUUGACCCCAAUGUAUAUGCACCUUUAACUGGAGGACAUUUCAUCUCUUCUCCUCCUCUAUCUUAUGAGCAUCUUGGUGCUGCAUUUUCAGGCUUCUCAGUUGCGAAAGGUGGUACCUUUAGUCGUGCGUGGACUGAUUCUACACCUGGAGCUGCCAAUGGCGUCAAAAGUGAUCUUCUUCAUGGAUACGACCUUGAGGAUCGAUUUUCUCGCCAGCACGAGGCUUCUCUUAUUCGAAGAGAAGCCGAGCUUCGCAGCGAAUUUCAUCGUCUAAUGGAGGAGGGAGAGGAGCGAAUGCGAAUUCGUUAUGAGCAGCAACGCCGCGACGAUGAUGCUGAGGAGCGUCGCCUUCUCAUAGAAGCUGCCGCUGAAGUGGAAAGAGAACGCACAAAGCGGAUUGAGACGCAGCAAGAGCGCCUUUUACAGCGCGAACGCGAGCUGGAGGAGUGGAAGCAGGAGAGGGCAAAGGAGAUUGAGGUGCUGAGACAAAAGCAGUGGGAGGAGGAGGAGCGCCGCCGCGAGCUGCGGUAUCAGCGUCAGCUCCAGUAUCUCAAGGAGCAGGCAGAGGUCCGGGAGGCUUCACGAGUGAACUCCGAGGAUAUCAGCAAGCUUUUUGAGGCGACGGCGAAGGAGGUCCAGGAAACCCUGAUCCGUAAAAUGAAGGAGGAGCUUAGCGCUCGAGAGGAGUCCUAUCAAAGCGCGCUACGAGCGCACGAGAAGGAAUGGUUACAGAAGGUGGAGUCUAUGGAGGCCGCCCGCUUGGGGGAGCUUGCUGGGCUACAGCAGCAGCUCAGCCAGGACCGGCAGCGUCUUGCGUUAUGUGAUCAACAGCUCUCCGAGGCCCGCCAUCAGCUGGUCCGUCUGCUGAGCGAGGUGGAUGCCAUCCAUCACGAGCACCAACAGCGACCGAGCGGGGAGUCCGCGGCAUCAAAGGAAUUACUUGAGACACAACGCUCCUUCGUGUCCGAACUUCAGAGGCAGUACGAGGAGGACAAGGCCAGCAUGCUGCGCUCCUUUGCAGCGGAGCGGGACCGCGUUCGAGCUGAGCACGACUCCCGCAUUGCCGAGCUCAAGAGCCACCAUAGCAUGCAGUUGCAAGCAAAGCUAGAGGAGAUCACGGGCUUGGAGAGGCGUCUGGCUCAGACCUCGCAGGAGCUUCACCAGGAAAAAGCGAAGACCACUCUAAGAAUGGGGAGUGGGAGUGGUGUGGACCCCUAUGGCCUCCAGGAAAGCGCACACCUCAAGGAGGACAUCAGGGCCCUGCGACAGGCUAAUCAGGAGCUCGAGGAGCGCAAGAGUCGUCUUGAGCGUCGUCUGCGCGAGGCUGAUGAGCGUGCGGAUGCCCACCUCGCCACCCUUCAAACACUUCAAAACGAGCAUAUGCUUCGUAACAAGUCGAAUGAGGACACUAUUGCCGAUCUCCGUCACGAGAAUCAACAGCUCAAGAGUCGAUCGGCUUUGCAGAGCGAGGAGCAUGCGGAGGAGCUGAGCCGUCUUCGCCGGCAGAUUCACGACAUGCAGGAAACUGCUCAUUCCCAGCAUACGCAGAGCGUGGAGGUCAAGAUUCGCCAGUUGGCUGAGCAGCACGAGAACGAGCGCCACCAAUGGGGUGACGAACAGCGUCAGCUCAACAAGACCAUCAAGUCAUUAGAGGCUAAUAUAUCAGGGCUUCAGCGGCGGCUGGAGUUAUCACAGCGGGAAGGCGAGACCGCAUCUGCGGAGCUUCGGGAGCGAGAGAAGCAGCUAGCCGAGCGAAACGCACUAGUCCAGACUCUGCAGCAUGAGAUCGACGCGAAGGCAGCGAUAGAUCACGAGCUGCAAGAGGCGAAGGCCUCCUACGAGCGCCUCCAGGCAUCCUUUGAGGCCGAUCGCGCACAACUACAACAGCGGCAGAAGCUCACGCUAGAGGCGAAGGAGAAAGAGCUCCAAAAACUGCGUAGCGACCUCUCACAGGCGAAGAGUUUCAACCACACGCUGCAGGAUGAGGUUUCACACUCGAAGCUUUCCGUGAGCGAGUCGACACAGCUCUUAAAGCGACAGCUUUCUGAGAGAGAGGCGGAAAUCAUUCAGGCCCGCCUCGAUAUCGAGGCGGGCAGGCGAGCACAGGAGGAGUGGAAGUCCACUCACGAAGAGCUUCAACGGCGCCACGAGCAAACGGUGUCGAAUCUACAGAAGCGUAUCAAGAGCUGCGAGGACGAGCUGGCUGAGGCCAAUGCCCGGAUAGUUCGUCUUCUGGGGGAGAAGCGUGAGAUGGAGCUGGCUCUCCAGAAUCAGGGGACUCAAUUACGGACCACCCUCACGUAUGAUGACAAGUCGAAGUCAGCCCCGCACGAAAGCAAAGGAAGUAUUGAGCAUACGACUAGAGAGGUGCAGGGGCCACUUGAAGGUGUCGCCAAUCGGCUGAUAGUUGAACAAGAACCACCUGUGGCCAGUGCGGGUCGUGGUUUCUACCCUGGUGCCGCUUCCCCCCCCUUCAUAUCACCACCAGAAGUGCCUCCUCCUCAGCCAGUGUUUACUGCCUCGUUGGAGCCCUCUAUGCGUUCAACGCCUCUUUCUAUCUAUGAAGCUAGCGCACCGUUGACCGUAUCGCCUUCCCCUUCCCAGGGUUGGCCCGCUUCCACCCCGUUGGGUUCGGAAGCGGUGGCAAAACCAAUGCUCGGGGUGCCGGGGGGUGGCGUGGCAGCCGCGGAGGCCCCCUUGCCGUUGUCGUUCAAUCCCGCCAAGUCCGCCGUCACCAGCGCUGUGGGCAUGCCCAAGUGCCUGCCCGUCCCCACCGCCACGGUCGUCUCCGCAGCACCGGUGACAAACGCCUGGGAGGUUUCCACCACCUCCAGCAUGGACAUCCCCAUCCCGGUGCAAUCCUUCUGCUCGAUCCCCAACGAGGAGGUUUGCCCCCUGCCUCGCCCGACCCCAUCCUCCUCGCAGGCAGUGCCGCUCCCCGUACCCCUACCGGUGCCCUCCUCCUCUCCCUCCCCCUCCGUUUCUCCCUCUUUCUCUCCCUCCUACUCCCCCCCGGCCGGCCUCGCCGUGCCGACCCCGCAGCCGGCAGGGAGGGGGUCGCAUGUGGCGACGAGGGGAUUUGAGGCCGCCCCGCAUCCGGUGGCAGUGCCCGUCCCCGUGCCCAUCCCUCUGCCCUCUAAAAUCCCUACAAGCAACGCGAAAGGGGGGGAGCGAAGCCAUCAUGAUCGCCAUUCCCAUCAUUAUUGA